AUGACCAAAGGCUGCUACACCUGCCGUCGCCGACGCAUCAUCUGCGACAAUGGCCUCCCCACCUGUCGAAAGUGCCGGGAUGCGGGGAAAGAAUGUCUGGGGUAUCAAAAACCCCUCGUCUGGGUCAAGGGAGGUGUGGCUAGUCGAGGAAAGAUGAUGGGUCGCAGCUUUGACGACGCCAAUGCGAACCCCCCAGGCAACCAGAACGAGUCUACCAGCGCCCUGCCGAACAACGACCUGCCGACGUCGGAAUCGCCUGCCAUCACCACACCGACUCCCAACCGGACGGGACCUGAAUCGAUCCGGGAUACAUCGGAUAUUGCGCAGGUGGAAAAGAAGGAGAAGCGCAUUAUUCCGAAGAGGGCGAAUUCUAGAAUCAGCUCUCUCCCAGCGCCCAGAGCUCUGGUAGAUCCGCUGUUCCAAGAUCUGAGCCCUUUGACUAGAUUCUAUAUCUCUCACUGUGAGUAG